UGGUAAUCCAUCUCUGAAUUUCAGCCUAAGGGCUCUACUGCUGUCAGAGAAAAGAAAAACAGGGAAAAUAUGGUGAAGCUUGCAUUUGGAAGCUUCGGUGACUCUUUCAGCGCCGCUUCCCUCAAGGCCUAUGUCGCUGAGUUCAUUGCCACCCUCCUCUUUGUGUUCGCCGGAGUCGGGUCCGCCGUCGCCUAUGGGCAACUGACCAAGGGUGGUGCGCUUGACCCUGCCGGACUAGUGGCCAUCGCGAUCGCCCAUGCGUUCGCGCUCUUCGUCGGUGUGUCAAUGGCCGCCAACAUCUCGGGUGGCCACCUGAACCCCGCCGUCACCUUCGGCCUCGCUGUCGGCGGCCACAUCACCAUCCUCACCGGCAUCUUCUACUGGGUCGCCCAGCUGCUCGGCGCGUCCGUGGCAUGCCUGCUCCUGCAGUUCGUCACCCACGGACAGACGAUCCCGACGCACGGCGUCACCGGGAUCAACGAGAUCGAAGGCGUCGUGAUGGAGAUCGUGAUCACCUUCGCGCUCGUGUACACGGUGUACGCCACCGCGGCCGACCCGAAGAAGGGGUCCCUCGGCACCAUCGCCCCCAUCGCGAUCGGCUUCAUCGUCGGCGCCAACAUCCUGGCCGCCGGGCCGUUCAGCGGCGGCUCCAUGAACCCGGCCCGCUCCUUCGGCCCCGCCGUGGCGGCUGGCAACUUCGCCGGCAACUGGGUCUACUGGGUCGGGCCGCUGAUCGGAGGCGGCCUGGCCGGCCUCGUCUACGGCGACGUGUUCAUCGCCUCCUACCAGCCGGUCGGCCAGCAGGAAUACCCGUGAAGAGCAUGGAUUCCGGACGUGAUGCUUCGUCGUGACUUGUGAAUUUCGUCACCAUCGCCACCUCGCUUCGUCUUGUGAUUAUGUUUGGUGUUUGCAUUUCCCUUUUGAUUUCAUCAACGAUGUCAAAAAGUUGUAAGAGGACCGUUCGAUCUAUAUAUGUACGGUUCAGCGUUUCCAAGUAUACGUUCUCUGUGACAA